AUGACCGCCAAGCCUGUCAGGGAGAGCACUCUAAGCGUUAACCAGAAGAAAUUCGUCAAGGCCAUCUUGAAGGAUGAGUUUGAGCCAUAUGUACGGGAAUCGGACCCCGAUCUCAGUGGAUUCCAUGCUGUCACGGACUGGGCAUCGGCGCGGCGGGCUCGCAUUUUCGAUGAAGUCUCUAUCUUCAAAACUGCCCACGUCAGGAAGAACAUACUUCUCUAUAAGCAGGCUGUGGACCGCAAAUUCCGUAACUUUUAUUAUCGCUUGCGUCCACGUACUGCUGCCGGGACUUCCUCUAGUUCUACCUCUAUCCCUGUCCCCGCUUCCUCUCGUCUUAGCUCUUUGACCAGUUAUCUUGUCCCUCCUACGACCGGCUUUCAACUAUUUGAAUGGGACGUGAAGCAAUCACUCUUGGACUCGGAGGAGACUGCUGUAGAAGGAAGCGAUGCAUACCGAACGCGCCUGAAGCAAAUGUGGGAUGAUCUGGAAGAAGGGGCACGAGAAGAGUACGAAGAAGACGUUGACACGGUAGCCAAUAACGUUGAGCAUAGUCGCAAGUUGCUUUUGACCAACUUUGUACCCUUGCUGGAUGCGUUGUGCCGGGAUAGGGCGCUUGGGAACAUGAUGGCGACAGUCCUGGUUGCCUACCGCGACGCCGACGGUACCACCCAGGUUCAUAUUCGCGAGGGGCGAUGCGUAGAUGACUGUCCCCAGUUCGGCGUUACAGAGGAAGAGAAGUCCAUCCUAGAAGCGUUCAAGGACGCAUGGAAGAAGUAUGCCGAUAGUUACAUUCCCGUCCCACCGCGCCCUGCUCCACCAUCUCCAAGCCCCACCCCGGACACUCAGAAGAUAGAGAUCCCCUACCAUCUCUGUGGAAUGCCAGUCUUCCCGCUCGUCAAAUUAUCGCAUACCCCGUCCAACGAGCUCAAGGCCCUCAUCAUCCGUUAUCUGGUUGCCGUAUGGGCUUCCUCCCGCGAGGCUCACCAUCCCCUCGAACUUCCUUGGGCCGACAUUAUUCGUAAUCCGACCGACUUCUACGAUGUUGAACGUUUCAACUUCAUGAACUUCGAUAGAGACACAUACGAAGAUCCGUUGCAGGUAUACCCCUUCGUAGUUCCGCUUCAGCAAUCGAGCAAUGUCGAGUCACGGGCCGAGGAACUGUUCACGUUCCGGUUCGCACCUGAAGUCUCCAGUUUACGAACACCCUCCCUAGGCCCGCCGAACUUCGAGGCCAGUUUCGCGGAGGGAGAGGGGUUCGGUGCAACUGAUCUCUCCCAGCGUGGACCCUCUUGUUCAGGCGGUGAAACUAGAGAAACAGCUGGGAUGGAGCAACAACACGUAGAUGCCGACAUUGCUAGAGAAACGCAAACAUCUUCCCCAGCCGCCAGUACCCGUGCGUUGUCCCAGAAACGUACGAAUGGCCCCGCGACUGCCGUGUCAUCUUCUCAGUCUAUACAAGCCGGUGAAUCGUCUCACCUAGACCUGCCACCGCCCUCAACUGGCAAGAGGCGUGUCCCAUCGGUCAAUGCAGUCUCAGCGUCGUCGAUCGUUGCCCGCACGAGAUCUCAGAACAAGCGUGCGGCGAAAGAGACUGACAUUGCUGGCAAUCGUAUGGCCAAACUUCCGGUUAAGCGACGUCGUUCUGGCGGGGUCCAGGAUAGCAGCAUGACCGCUGCGCCAACGGCCGAUCGUGGCAUGCAUGACACUUCUGACGAGGAUAUAUCCCCUACUGAAAGCGGAACGGAUGGUGCUUCUGACGACGACCCGUCCUCUCCUGAAGAUGAGCCUCCUGCUAAGCGGCCGCGUCGUGCUGUGACCAAGAACAACGUCUCGGCCGCUACCGCAUCCAAGAGGCAGACCGUCGAGGGCCAGCAAAAGAAACAGAAGAACUUCGGGAACGUCGUCUCGCAGGGCUUUGAACUCAAUUCUAGUGUUCGGUAA